AUGUCAACAAACCAAUCGAUAAAAGUAAAUAAUGAAAUCAAUAAUAUAGCCUCCAGGAAGAAAGGAAGUAACAAUACUAGCUCGACGAAAGGUAUCACUGAAAAUACUAGUGAUGAUGUUCAUCUACCGGUAACGGAGAUUCAUUUGAAAUCACAUGAAUGGUUUGGCGAUUUUAUCACGAAACAUGAAAUACCACGUAAAGUGUUUCAUUCAUCUAUUGGGUUCAUUACAUUAUAUUUGUAUACACAGGGGAUAGAUUAUAAACACGUGACAAAACCGCUAACGUUAGCCUUCGUGAUUAUUUUUAUAUUAGAUCUAAUUAGAUUACGUUGGCCAUUUUUUAACAAACUUUAUUGUCGUUGUGUUGGUGCAUUGAUGAGGAAAAAAGAAAUACAUACAUACAAUGGUGUAUUAUGGUAUUUGUUAGGUCUGAUUUUCUCUUUCUCCUUCUUUUCUAAGGAUGUUACUUUGAUUUCUUUGUUUCUACUAAGUUGGUCAGACACAGCAGCUUCGACAUUUGGUAGAAAAUAUGGACAUUUAACUCCAAAGAUUGCAAGAAACAAGUCUCUUGCAGGUUCUUUAGCUGCUUUUACAGUAGGUGUUUUGACCUGUUUGACCUUUUAUGGUUAUUUCGUUCCUCAUUACAAUUAUUUAAAUAAAGAAGGAGAAAUUUUUUGGACUCCAGAAACUAGUAGAUUAGGACUAAUGAAUUUAUCAUGGUUAGGAGGUUUAGUAGCAGCAUUAAGUGAAGGGAUUGAUAUGUUCAAUUGGGAUGAUAAUUUUACAAUUCCAGUAUUAUCUUCAAUAUUUUUACAUACUGUAAUCUACCUAUUUAGAAAAUAA